CUGUUUUCGACGGCGGUGAAGAUUCUGAAAAUUAUGUCUGAGGAUUCCGCCAUUUUGGUUAAAUGUAUACUAGUUGGCGAAAGCGGAGUUGGGAAAACUAGCCUGGUCGUUAGUUACACGAAGGACGACUACCCCGUCAAUCACGAACCAACUGCCUUUGAUACUUACGUUGUUGAUCUCCGUGUCGAAAACCGUCAAGUUAACCUCGAAAUAUGUGAUGCCGGUGGCGCGGUCGGUGUUCGUUCACUCCGAGAGCUGGCCUACCCUGACGUGCACGUGGUGAUUCUCUGUUUCUCUGUGGUCCAACCAGAGACCCUCUGGGCCCUUCGUGAUCGGUGGCUGCCCGAGCUGGCCGCCAGCAACCUCGCCCUCAACCCAUCCGCCACAGAAACUGCCGUUCGAAUCGGCUGCCUGCCCUCCAGCACGUCCACUUCCUACCCCCCUGGUCCGUCCUUUAUCCUUGUGGGCUGUGCUUGUGACCUGCGAAAUGACAUCAAGCGACUGCUCGACUUGUCUGCUAGAAAUGAGCUUCCAGUGGACGACAGUGUCGCCCAGCGUCUCGCAGUCGAAUUCGGCGCCGAGGCCUACAUCGAAUGCUCUGCACUGACGCAGAAACAAUUGAAGAAGGUGUUCGAUUUGGCCGUUUGGUAUGGUCUGCGCUCCAAAGAGGCAAUGGAGUCUCCUCUGAGGAAUUACAUAUCCCCUGAACACCUCGGCAGUAGAAGGUGUAGCUCGCGAAAAAUGAGGCGGCGGAAGCAUCACAGUUUUGAUGAUGUGAAUAAUCAAAUGGUACAACAUCCAAAUAGCCUCACUUCAUCACAGAGGUCCAUUUGGAAGAAACUCCUAUGCUUACGUUGA